GCAUCUUCCCUCCCUCUGUAAAGCUUCACCUCCUCCUUUCUCCUCCCACUCUCUUCCUCCCUCCACACCUCUCUCUCAUCUUCCACCAUUCCCUGCUUCAUCCUUCUAUCCUCACUCACUUGAACUCUGUUAGGUGUGCUGUGAAGUCCAGUGGAGCUUCUGCCUUUUACCUUCAAGAUGUCCUGGGCUCGAGUCUUUGUCCUGUCUGUUCUCACCACCCUCUUUGUCAUUACCUUUUUCAGCCUGGUGGAAGGUGCAGCAGUACGGGAUGACUCAAAAGCAUCAGAUGCUAAAGGUGCUGCACAGCAGGUUUUUAUGCCCGAGUCAGACGCCUCCAACUUUUUCAAACGCCGCAAUCGGCGCUCAGUCCGAUACUACGAGUUCCUAGCUGAGCAGAGGGUGAAAAUGGCAGCCGAUGAGCGCAGGAGGGAGUACAAUGAGGAACAAAGGAACGAAUACGAGAACUAUGUUGAGGAGGACAGAGACGAGGUCAAUGAGAGGUCAAGAGAGACAAAUGAGCAGUUCCGUGAGUUUCAUUACGAUGGUCUCUCUCCUCGCUACUACUGGUUCCACUAAGCAUCCCCAAUCACAGAGAGCUGGACAACAGCAGCUCUCACUGCCACAACCUUUACCCCGUACUGAAGGUGACAACCUGACUCUGUCUGAGCGCAAGUCGUUUCUGUAUUUGUCCCACUUUAAU